GGAAGCACGGCCCCGGAAGAGGCAGGACGCGAGCGCACGAAAGGCGGAAGCACGGCCCCGGAAGAGGCAGGACGCGAGCGCGCGGCGCGCUCCGGGCCCCGCGGGGGGCAGCUCCCACACCGCACCUUCCUUCCGGCCCAUCCCCGCGCCUCUUCGCGCGCGCGCUGCCGCCCGCCCUGGUCACGUGAGGGUGCUGCGCGUGGAUUUUCGCGCCAGCCGCAGCGGCGCGUGGGGACGCCGGUGGUGGGCAUGUUUCGCAUCGAGGGCCUGGGGCCCAAAAUGGACCCGGAGGAGCUGAAGCGGAAGAUGCGCCGCGACGUCCUCACCUCCGUCCGCAACUUCCUCAUCUACGUCGCGCUGCUGCGGAUCACUCCUUUCAUCCUGAAGAAGCUGGACAGUAUAUGAACAUUUAAGACUCAGUAUAUGAAAACAUAAAAUGGACUGUAGCUGCUUUUCUGUUUGCUAAUUAAGCAUUGUGCUAGAGGCAGACAUCCAAUACUAAAUGGUUCUAAAAUGUUUCACUUAAGCAUAUCUGACCUGAGAACGAUAGCCUAUUUGGGAGUAUGGGGAAGAUGCCUGUUGUUCCUGCAGGUGAAUUCUGGUCACAGAAUACUCCCUAGUAUCAUCAAACAACGACUUGUCAUGGAACAUUUCUUGUACUGUUUUAAAGAACCCUCCACCUCCAUUUUGUAUGAAGUGUUAAGUGUUAGCAAGUUCUUUUUAUUAUGCAGCUACCUCUAAAUUGCCACAUGCUAUCAAUCUUACUGAACCUGUCUGUAUGAAAAAUGAAGUCGUUAAUGAAUCCAGCUCACAGCAGCUUGAUUUGAAAUAAAUGGAAGAGCAAUUGUGUAACUUAA